AUGGCGUCGCCCAUGAAAACUCGUGGUUCACGGAAAGCUUCUCAGAAUUCCGAUAGUAGCAACGGAUUACUCACGGAAAUGGUCUCACAAGAUGUUACUGACAGUGAAAGUGACUCUGAAAGCAGCAAUAGUUAUGAUGAGAGUGAUUCUGAUUUAGACGAACUUGUAGAAUUGGCGGCAAGCCAUAUUUUGAAAGCCAAAGAUACGAAAAAGCAACCCGACCGAAACGAUUCUGGUAGCAAUGAGAGGAAUAACUCGGAAUCGUCAGAUAGCGACGAUGAGGAAAAUGCUUCGUUAUUGCCAUUUAUUGUUGAUUGUAAGCCGUCAAUUGGAGAAACCAGUGGUCCUCACUCCGAAGCCGAUGUUGUCGUUGAAAUAAAAAAGCCUCUGCCCGAAGACACAUCCGUUAAUUUAUUGAAAAAAAUAAAUCAAAUGAAUCAACCCAAGGUGUCAUCGUCAUUGGAUUCAGGAAUGGACACCAGUAAUAUUUACAUUAACUUAGAUGAAAGCAAACCAAGGAAUAGCAAGAAAGCUAUUGAAAACAUAUUGUUAAAAAGUAAAAAAGAUCAGCUUCUAAAAAAGAGUGUUGUAACCAGUGGUUUUGAGAAGAAGGACAGCAUACCUCCAUAUAAGGAAUCCAUGCGCCAAAUAAAGAAACAAAGGAAGAAAGAAAGAGAGUCACACACUGGAAGUAACUGGUAUAAUAUGAAAGCACCAGAGAUGACAGAAGAACUCAAGAAUGACUUGAAAGUAAUAAAAAUGAGAGGAGCGUUAGAUCCAAAACGAUUCUACAAGGGUAGUGAUGUGAGGGGAUUACCCAAAUUUGUUCAGGUUGGUACAGUGAUAGAGCACUCAGCUGAUUUCUAUCAUUCAAGAAUACCGAAGAAAGACCGAAAGAAGACGAUAGUGGAUGAGUUGUUAGCUGACGCUGAAUUUAGGAGGUAAAUAACA